GGUGUGCACACACUGCUGCAAAAAGGUAAACACAACGCAAUAAAGUCGGAACGGAAUUUUUAUUUACGCACUCGAACGAAAUAAGCAAAUUAAUUGAAACAAAUUGGCGGCAAAUCGAGUGCGAUUUAUUAAUUAAGCAAAUGUUGAAUGAUUUCAUGUAGGAUUCAUAUAUAUUUCUGGUUAAAUCAAGAAACUGCGUGUCAAGUGUAAAUUACUUGUGGGCGGGGGUGGCGGUGCAGAGCAUUAACCAACCAAAAAAAAGAAGUGUGGUGGAGUGGAGAGAAGAGAAGAGCAGGUCAUAAGCAAACGAAACGCAUGUCAAGCGCGACGACAAAAAUCACCUGCCCAAAAGCCGAUUUCUGAUGACGUGGGCUGCAAAACGAAGGACAGCCAGCAGUCAAACGACGACGACAGGAUAUACACAUAUUUUUCCAGUGCACACACACACACACACAUGAGUAUGCAACGCAACAAACCAGUUGUUGUUGCAUAUAAGUGCAAGUGAAGGAAGCAGCAGCAUAAAGUGAGCGAAAAUCCUGCUUCCAGAAUAACUGCACAGCAGAAGAGCAAGAGGAGACGAACAGAAGCAUGGAAUAAAGGUGCAUAUCUGGAGAGGAGGCUAAGAAAAGUUAAGAAUAAGUGCAUACCAGCAGAAGGCAAGGAAUAACUGCACACAAGAAGAGAGCAGAGAGUGAGAGAGACAAGGAGUGCACACCUGAAGAAGAGCGGAGAGAGGCAAGGAAUAAAGUGCACAACCGCACUCACAUACAGAAAAGGAGCAAACACAGGCAAACACAAACAAAAAGCACAAAAAAAAAACCAAGAGAAAAAGUACAAGAAAAAGGGCCCACGGACACGACGACACAAGGUGGAAAAGUAAAAAAGUUGUUUGUCAACUUGUUGGUCGCUCAAAUGUGGCAGCCACAAAGAGUGGCUGCUGGCUGGCUGUACAGCUACCAAGUGGAAUCCCAAUCCGAUACCGAAACCGUCGCCGAUUCCCGAUCCUCGAGUCAUUUCAAAGGCAGCAACGCCUGCGGCUAGAUCGAAACGGGCAACAGGAAUAUCUCUUGUGGAAUACUCGCAUUCACUCCCCCCUCGGCAACACCCACGCGCAGCAACAGCUCCCGCCCACCCCCCUCGGCCACACUAUGUCAACGGUCACGCGGAGCGCCAGCGCCAGCCCCAUGGCUCUCAAUGGCAUCAUCGACGCCAGCCUCUUUCCGCUCAAGUCCACCGCGGAUGUUGUGAAUCUGUUCCGUCGCGCCCUCACCUCCGGGAUUGAGCCCGAUCUGACCCUGCUCUCCAUUGUCGUGGGGUAUAUCGAGCUUUCGCUGACCACGGGAGAGGCGGCGUCUCAGGCGGCCGCGGCAGCCGCUGCCGCCGCCGCUGCUGCAGCAGCUGACAUGACGCAGGCGGCGACAGGCGGCAGCGACGUCAUCAUGGGCAACAGCGUUCCCUUUCCGGUGGUGACCCACGAGCUGAUUGCGGGUCUGUACAAGAAGUUCCAGACAAUCCUAUCGGUGGUGGAGAAGCCAAAGCCACACCGCCAGGCCACGCGUGAGAUAAUCAAGAAGGUGUCUGACGUUAUAUGGAACUCGCUGAUCCGCAGCAGCUACAAGGAUCGGGCCCACUUGCAGAACCUCUACAGCUAUCUGUCGGGCAACAAGCUGGACUGCUUCGGUGUGGCCCUGGCCGUGGUGGCCGGCUGCCAGCUGUUGGGCUACAAGGAUGUGCGUUUGGCCAUCUCCGAGGACCAUGCCUGGGUGGUGUUUGGCCAGAAACGGGUGGAGACCAUCGAGGUGACGUGGCAUGGCAAGGGCAGCGAGGACAAGCGGGGCCAGGACAUACGCCCCGGAAUUGAGUCGGGCUCUUGGCUCUAUCUCGGCGGCCUGGCGGUCGUCUGCGAGCGUGGCAUGGAGGUGGCCGCCAUCUGUGCCGCCCUCAACAUCUCACUGACGGCCAACAGCGAUUGCGUGGAAGUGGCCGAGCUGCAGCAGCAGUUGCUGUGGCUCCUCUACGAUCUGGGGCACCUCAAGCGGUAUCCCAUGGCCCUGGGCACUCUCGGCGAACUGGAGGAGAUCCAUCGGACGCAUAGCAGCAUCACGUGCGAGCAGCUCUACCGCGAGGCCAUCGAUUCGGCGAGGACGCACUACCGCAACCACCAUGUCUAUCCGUACACGUAUCAGGGCAACUACUACAACCGUCUGCUCAAGUAUCGCGACGCCUUCGCCGCCUGGGCCAAUGCCGCCGACGUGAUCCGCCUGUACACGUACCAGUGCCGCGACGACGAGGAGAUCUACAAGGAGCUGCUGGACAUUGCCAACGAGCUGAUCCCCUAUGUGAUGAAGACGGAGAGCUCGGGCCAUUCGGCACGCAGCAUUCUGCGGGAUGCCGAGGUCUUUGCCAAUCUGCUGCGAUUCUACGAUGGCAUCUGCCAGUGGGAGGAGGACAGCCUAACACCCAUUCUGCACAUAGGCUGGGCCAAGCCGCUGGUCAAUAAUAUAACCAAAUUUGAUUACGAUAUACGCUCUCAGGUGGUCAUCAAGCUGCCCGAGGAUCUGGAGGCUGAGCAGGCACAAGCGGCCGCAUUGGAGGCUAAAGAAGCGGCUGCUGCCGCGGCGGCAGCUGCUGCUGCGAUGGUGGCGGCAGGAGCAGAGGCUCUCGAGGGAAAUAACAACACCGUGGUAAAGAAGGACGAGAAGACAAAAUCUUCGGAGCUGCCGACGACAUUGGCUGAUCUGACCGCCGCCUGUGGCGAGAAGAUACUCAAUCCGGAUUUCCUGCUGCAGGGCGGUGGUCAGCCUUUUGCAGAGCAAAAGCAGCAGACAUCAUUGGGGGACACGGAGAUCACAGAGCCCCACAACAACAACAACAACAACAACAAUAGCAAUAGCAAUAACAACAAUCACCACAAUGCUGAAAAGGAGGCUACAAAAACAACAACAACAACCACAGCAUCAGUAACCACUAGCAAUGGAGGCAGUAGCAGCAGCAGCAGCAGCAGCGGUCACUGCCACUCCAUUGCCAUUCAGUUACCAGUUACUAGUGAGGCAAGCCAUCAUGCUGUCCAAACCCAAACGCAAACCCAAACCCAAUCACAGCACAAAGAAGCUAAACCAGAGCCAGAGGCGACUGCACCCGAUGAUUAUGAUCCCUUUGAGAUAAUGCUCAAGCGUCCGGUGAUUGCGCUAUACAGUCAAAAGAUGAAGGGCCUCAAGGAUCUGCUGCUAGCCGAGAAGCUCAAUACGCACGCCAUAUCGCUGCAGGUCACGGCCCAGUCGGUGGCCUCGCGGAAGGUGCGUGGCGUGGCCGAGAAGCAAUCGGCGGCCACCAUAUCCGCCACCAUCACGGCCAUUGCAUCAUCAUCAUCGGCCACAGAUGGUGGUGUGGGGGCUGGUGGUGGCGGCAGUGGAUCAGCGGGAGGAGCAUCGCUAGGCGCCUCUUCGCCAGGCGGAGAUUCAAUAGCCGCCUCGCGGCCGAAGCGAACGCGUCGCGAGUAAACUUUGUUGUCUUGUAUCGAUAUAAUACAAAAAAAAAAAAAAACAAAACCUUUAUUAUCCAUAUUCGAGUAUAUAUAUAUAUAGAUGCAUACAUAUGUAAAUAGGAUGUAUGCUGUCAUAUUUUUGAUGUUUGAUGUGUAUUUAUGUAGUUCGUAAGCGCAAAAGAAAUCCGUUAGAGAACGCCUAGCGUUUUAAAAACAAUAUAAAAAGAAAACUAAAUGGCAACAAAAAAAGAAAAAAAGAAAUAAAAAAGAAUUGUAAAAGGAAUAAAACCCUAUAGACAGAGCCAGACAGAUGAUCCAUUAACAGGCGAUCCACACACACAGAAACACCAGAAACACACACAAAAUGAAGCAAGCACUUUGAAAUGAAACGAUCUAAGCUAUGCUAAGUAUUUAUAAUGUAUUUUUUAGCUGUUAUACUUUUACUCUUUGUAUUUAUUGCUACUAUCUAUCGUAUUGGCUCCCACUACAACCUACAGUUUUUUUAUGUUUUAUUGAUUGUUUAAGCGUAACUUUAUUGGUGCUCUACUUUGAAAACGAGAAACAGAAAACA